CCGAGUUUAACCGAGCGGGGCUGAGUCGAGCCUAGCGGAGGUGAGCGGUGCCAAGCAGAGCGGAGUCAUGCUGGGCAUGAUCAAGAACUCCCUGCUGAGCACGGUGGAGCCAUGGCCUUACCAGGUGCUGAGUAAGGGGAAGAAGGAGCAGCUCAGCUACGAGGAGAGGGCGUGCGAGGGCGGGCGGUUUGCGGUGGUGGAGGUGGUGGGGAAGCCCUUUGACGAAGCCUCGAAGGAAGGGGUGCUCAAGCUCCUCAAGUACGUCGGAGGAACCAACGACAAGGGGGUUGGAAUGGGCAUGACUGCUCCUGUCUCCAUGACUGCUUUUCCUGCUGAAGAUGGCUCCUUACAGCACAAAGUGAAGAUCUCUCUGCGGAUCCCGAGCCAGUUUCAAGCCAACCCACCUUGUCCUAGCGAUGAAAGCAUUAAGAUUGAAGAGAGACAGGGGAUGACCAUUUAUUCCACGCAGUUUGGUGGCUAUGCUAAAGAGACAGAUUACGUGAACUAUGCUGCCAAGCUGAAGUCUGCUCUGGGGAGUGAAGCUGCAUACCGGAAGGAUUUCUACUUAUGCAAUGGUUACGACCCCCCUAUGAAGCCUCAUGGGCGACGCAAUGAAGUCUGGUUUGUGAAAGAGUGAGAAUCUGGCUCCCUGUGGUGCUGGCUUGCACUGAUGAUCUCCCCAUGCUAUGUUCCUGUCCUCUUCAAAAUAAACUAAUAAUUUAGCAGAGACA